UCUUCUUCUUCUUCACGCCCCUCUCUUUUCUCUCUAUUUAUCUCCCUCCACCCUCCAAAACCCAUACAAAUUUGACCCGAGAGAGAGAGAGAGAGAGAGAGAGAAUCCAUCUACUUGUGUAUGCUUAGCUCUUCCCCUAGAGAAGGUUAGCAACAGAGAGAGAGAGAGAGAAUCCAUCUGCGUGUAUGCAUAGCUCUUCCCCUAGAGAAGGUUAGCAACAGAGAGAGAGAGAGAGAGAGAGAGAGAGAGAGAGAGAGAGAAUCCAUCAACUUGUGUAUGCUUAGCUCUUCCCCUAGAGAAGGUUAGCAACACUACCUCACAACAAAAGAUAGGAGACCGAUGCAAGAUGGAAUCCAUAGGCUGUUCCCUGCUACCAUUUGCUGAGAUGAUUUAGUGUUUCUGUGAAGGAUAUCCUUCUCUUGGAGGAUUAAGUCACCAUAGAUGGGAAAUUAUAGGUUCAAGCUAUCUCAUAUCAUCUCCAACUCUUGGUUCUGCAAGCUUAAAGGUCUCGGCAGAGCCAAUAGAAGCCACAGCAUGCGGCACUCCAUGAAGAAAGGCUUGGCUUCUGCAUCAACUCUCCCUCCACUUCCACAGCCCAAGCAGCAUCACCACCUUCCCAACCGAGCCUCCUCCUACAUCCCCACCAUAGAGAGAGCAGAGACACCUGCUCGCUCCCCAGUCAACGCCAUGGCCUCUCCGGCAGACUGCCAUUGUUGCCGUCAUCAUCGUCGUCGCAGUUUAGCCUCUGUGUGCAACGCUGAAUCCAUGAUGCCUGAGAUCCCAAACAGUGACGGCUUCCAUGCCUCUUCCUUCGUCACCACGGCCGACAGCAGCUUGGAAGUGGCAUCGGAGCUCAACCUGCCUCCCAUACUAACAAAGCCAGUGAAGAAGGAAGUGCUAAAGCCUGCACCGCAUGACGCUCGUGUUUCCACUAAGCAUCAUCACGGGACAGCGGCAAGGAGAUCAGCAUCAGGAGUUCAUCGCAUUAGAAUCGGGCAGAACUCUCCCAGAGUUGAGAGCAGGAGGAAGAUGGCGAUGCGGCAGCGAAGAGCAGUGUCCGAGAGCUUGGUGAUCAUCAAGUCGUCCUCCAAUCCCCGCAGGGACUUCACCAAGUCGAUGGUGGAGAUGAUCGUGGAGAACAACCUGCACGAGCUGAAGGAUUUGGAGGAGCUGCUCGCUUGCUACUUGUCACUGAACUCCAAGGAGUAUCACGAAGACAUCAUCAAGGUUUUCGAGCAUGUUUGGUUUGCUCUAACUGAUCUUAGAAUGUAACGCUAUGUUCGGCUUCCAAGUUUUCUCCUUCUCCAUUGCAUGUGUUUGUUCCUUUGCCACCAUUGCUGGACAAUCACAAAGGAGAGAAGACUA